AUGGCUGAGGCUUCGCGGUGGCACCUAGGCGGAACUCCGAAACAUAAACUGCGUUACAGAGAGGAUGUAGAAAUUAGAACCACACUUCAGGAGUUGUUACUCUACUCUAUUUUUUUAAUAAACUUAUGUAUAUUGACUUUUGGAAUGGUAAACCCACAUAUGUAUUACUUAAACAAAGUUAUGUCAUCUCUGUUUUUGGACACAUCUGUGGCUGGUGAAGAAAGAACCAACUUUAAGUCUAUUCGCAGCAUAACUGACUUUUGGAAGUUUAUGGAAGGACCCUUUUUGGAUGGUCUGUACUGGGACUCAUGGUACAAUAAUGAGAAGCUAUAUGAUUUAAAGAACAGCAGUCGCAUCUACUAUGAGAACAUACUUCUAGGACUCCCCAGAGUCCGUCAACUAAAAGUCCGCAAUGGCACAUGCAAGGUCUAUUCAUUCUUUCGGUCUUUGAUGGAUGAAUGUUAUGACAAAUACACUUCUAAAAAUGAAGAUAUCACUGAUUUUGGCCUUAAACAGGAUACUGAAUGGAAGUACUCUUCUCCUGGUAUGAACUCCCCUUGGCACUGGGGAUUUGUUGGUGUUUACCAAAAUGGGGGGUAUAUUUUCACUUUAUCAAAAUCAAAAUCUGAAACCCUAAACAAGUUCAUUAACCUCCGAAUGAACAGCUGGAUCACAAGAGGCACUAGAGUUAUUUUUAUUGAUUUUUCAGUAUACAAUGCUAAUGUAAAUCUAUUUUGCAUUAUCAGAUUGGUGGCAGAAUUCCCUGCAACUGGAGGAAUACUUACUUCAUGGCAGUUUUACUCUGUGAAGCUCCUCAGAUACGUUAGCUUCUAUGAUUAUUUUAUUGCUUCCUGUGAAAUCAUAUUUUGUAUUUUUAUUAUUGUCUUCACAAUACAAGAAAUCAAAAAACUGAAAGAAUUUAAAUUUGCCUAUUUCAAAAGUAUUUGGAACUGGCUAGAAUUAUUACUUUUGGUGUUAUGUUUUUCGACUGUUUUCUUCAGCUCAUACUCUAAUAUGCACAUUUAUCGCAUGCUUGGACAACUGCUAAGAGAUACUGAAAAAUAUUCAGAUUUCUAUUUUCUUGCAUACUGGCACAUUUAUUACAAUAAUAUAAUUGCCAUAACCAUCUUCUUUGCAUGGAUAAAGAUAUUCAAAUUCAUAAGCUUUAAUAAGACAAUGUCUCAGCUGUCAUCAACCUUGUCACGAUGUAUCAAAGACAUAAUAGGAUUUGCUAUCAUGUUUUUUAUAAUAUUCUUUGCUUACGCUCAGUUAGGAUUUCUUGUUUUUGGAUCACAGGUUGACGACUUUUCCACUUUUCAAAAUGCCAUAUUCACGCAAUUUCGUAUUGUUCUUGGAGAUUUUAAUUUUGCUGGCAUUCAGCAAGCCAAUCGUAUCUUGGGACCCAUUUACUUCAUCACUUUCAUCUUUUUCGUGUUCUUUGUCCUGCUGAACAUGUUCUUGGCAAUAAUUAAUGAUACCUAUUCUGAAGUGAAAGCUGACUACUCAAUAGGCAGAAGGCCAGAUUUUCAACUUGGUAAAAUGAUUAAAAAGAGUUACAACAAUGCUCUCGAAAAACUCAAACUAAAAAAACCUGAAACAGAUGAAGACAAGGAACGUACGGAAAACAAAGAUUUGGCUGAAAAAGCCAGAAGAGAAGGUUUUGAUGAAAAAGAGAUUCAAAGUGCAGAGCAGAUGAAAAAAUGGAAAGAGAGACUUGAGAAAAAGUAUUAUUCCACAGAAAUUCAAGAUGACUACCAGACUGUCACUCAACAAGAAUUCCGAGAUGGCACCACCAGCAAGUAUAAAAUGCAACUCUCUGAGUGCCUGACAGAAUGA